CCCUGCUCGCUCACCUACCGGAAGCGUGCAUUCGUGUGUUUCAGCAUCACCGGUGAAAAAGUAAACCCGUUGAUAGUUUUGGAAGUCAUCUGUGGCGGGAAAAACGUACCAGGCACCCGUAGUUUAUGGCGUAUCCGGAAACUUAGAGCCCACCGCAGAGCUGACGUCAGAGUCUGUCACCAUUAGGUGCCUCGUGCAUGGGUGAGUGACCCCCGUCAGCCAUGAGUGCCGAGUCGGACCCGCUGAUUGUCGUCAACCAGCUGAGGGAUCUGGCCUCAGACCCCAUGAACCGCAGAGCCAUCGUCCAGGACCAGGGCUGCCUGCCAGGCCUCAUCCUGUUCCUGGACCACCCGAACCCCCAGGUGGUCUACUCCGCCCUGCUGGCGGUCCGGUACCUGGCAGAAUGUCGGCCCAACAGGGAGAAGCUGAAGGAGGAGCUGGGGAUGAUGCUGAGCCUGCAGAAUGUCAUGCAUAAAACCACCACUCCUGGAGAGACCAAGCUGCUGGCAUCAGAGAUCUAUGAGCUCCUGCAGGCCUCGGGCAGCACCGACCCGGAACCGGCCCAGGUGCCACUCAGCAGCCGGAGGAAGGCUCAAUUCUUCCUGGGUUUCAGCAACAAGAGAGCCAAGACCGUAAUCCUGCAGAUCGACGGGCUGGACGACACGAACCGUAGGAGUCUGUGUGAGGCGGCGCUGCUGAAGAUCCGAGGAGUCAUCAGCUUCACCUUCCAGAUGGCUGCAAAGAGGUGCAUCGUCCGGGUCCGAUCGGACCUAACGGCUGAGGCUCUGGCAUCGGCCAUCGCUGCCACGCAGGUGAUGACGGCUCAGCAGGUGGUCCAAUCAGAACACGGAGAUGAGGUUCUGAUCCCGUUGUCUGAGGAGGGUUCUGUGGUGGUGGAGCAGAACCUGGACCUGCCCGAGUACCUGCCGGAGGACGAGAGUUCAUCUCAGGACCCGGACAAGGCGCUGAGCCGCGUGGGAUCGGGUCAGGAUGGAACUACCUGGCUCGGAGCUGCUGCCAACUUCCUGUCUCGGUCCUUCUACUGGUGACCCAGCUGGGUAGUGGUACCACCCGGUUCUGUUCACCAGCUGCCUCUCAGAACCAAAACCAGCUGAUCUGCCUGUCUGAGCUGGAGGGACCACAUGAAGCAUGCCCGAUGUUCCGAUUCUCCUCAGAACUCAAACCGGGUUAUCUUAAUGAACAGAAGAGUCCAGCAAGACCAAACAAACCCAGUCAGAACCAGAACCAGUGUUUUUUUUAACUUUGUAUUUAUUUGUUUUAUUGUUUGAUUUUUAACAAAUGGACUCAUUUGGUUCUGAUCCAACCCAUCUCAGACAGAACAGCAUCAGAAGGUUCUGCUGGUUCCAGGUGCAGAGGUCCUGCUCUCCUUUAAAGAUGGCGACCCGGUCCAGGAACUUGGACCCAGACCCGGGAGAACUUCCAGUGUUAUGUUCAAUUUCAGGUUAGAACAGAACCGGGUGUUAGUCUCUGUGGAUAUCGGGACCAAACCCAUCAGAACCAGAGCGGUCUCGUUCAUAAAGCACAAAACGGGUCUGAAGAUGGUGUCGUUCUACGUGAAGGCUGUGUUUCUGAAGGAAGACGGGAGAACUCGGACCUUGGUGUCAGACCUUGGUGUCGUCCAUCUUUAUAGUGUUUUUAUUUGUUCAUCGCGGCGCCGUGCCCCAGAACCUGGAUGACCGUCUCGGUCUGUAGGGCUUGGGACGCGGCCCAGAAACACCUGAGCUCAUCUCUAGGACAGGUGUGGGUGGGCUGUUAGUUUGUGCUGGUCCGGGUUCUGGUCCGGAUGCUCCCAGGUGUAAGGGAAAUGAGAGGUUCUUACAUUUUAUUUAAGAAGCCGUAAAGCGUGGGAUUCCAUAGUAAAUAUGAAAUCCACCUUACGGUUCGGUGGGUUAUUUAAACCAGAAGAUUGGAUCUUUUUAAUGCAGAGAUUAUGUAACCGUUACGUAUUCACUCCGAGACAACAGAAUAGAGUCAAGUUUAAAAGUUAAGAAUUGUAUUACUAACAUUUAAACCAGGCUUAUUUCAGAACUAAGUGUAUAGUGUGACUAAAAAUGGAUGAGGCGGUGAAUGGAUGACGUGUCAUGUAAAUCGGAACCAGCAAAUCCGAAGAAGCGAUUAGUUCUGAUGGGAACUGAGGAUGUUGCUUUGGAAUAAGCUUGGGUUAGUUUCAGAACCGCAUGAGACACCAUCAAGUCGGGUCAGCCUGCCUUGUGGAAGUCCUCUGUAGAUCAGGAAUGUCGAGGCCCAGCGACCCUCUCUGGACACCGAGCUGGUAGACGAAGCCGCGGUACCGACCAGACCCGUCUUGAGUUACCUCCGGCACACGACUCUUUUCUUGGCGUCUGGUCAGACCCAGCCUGGGUCGGUGGAGCUUUUAUUCUGAAAGGAGCUGUUGCUGUUGCGGGUUGUUAUAGCGACUGGAUUUUCUCAGCUUGUUGUGGUUCUUUCGGUUGAAGAAUUAAAAGAUCAGGAUUGGCCACUCCGUCACUUGCUCUGGAACGCUUUGAACUGCGUUAGAGCUGACGUGGCGUAGUUUUAUACCUCAGAUGUCAUGGUCUAUUGUCGAAUGAAAAUGACCAAACACCGUCAGAAGCACGCCUCCGUCAGAUCUGUAAGAUUCUGACUGGAUCAGUGAAAGAAUGUGUUAUGUCUUCUUAACACUACGUGAAAUGAGUCCUGUUGGAACAUUUAAAGUUACAUUACUUCAUUUCUAAGAUCAUAAUAAAAUAAUUAAUAUUUUAAUUUCACAGGUCGGUCACAUCUUAUUGACUAACACUUUGAUGGAUUAGCUUUAUUAAAAUUGAGUUCUUUGAUUAAUUAAAAGAAAAGAGUUCAUUCUUCUUCUGUCUUCAUGCUGGAAUGUAAACAGUUUGGAAGCGAAUGCAUGACCUUGAGGCUGCUUCAUGCACUCUGGGACUGUGUCGGAAAGAAACAGCUGUUAGAAGGUAGAAAUGGCUCCUUCACCACGUUACACAAGCCACUGGUCAGUUCAGCACCUGCUGAGUGGAACCAGGUGAGUUGGAUCAGAACCUCUGGAGUGGUUCCUCUUGAUUGAGGUCCAGCCUGGUUCAGAUGCAUAGAAACAAGGAGCGAUAUAAGAACUCUGGUGCAUUAUGGGAUGUUUCUGCUACUGGGAUCCUUUCUGUUCAUCUGAAACACCGUUUCCUCUAGACUAACGACAUCCCAUAAUAUUGAAAUAAAACUGAUAAAUGUUGACUUAGACACACCUGUUACCGUCUCCAGUCUGAUUACGAUGUCCAGCUAAGCACACCUGUUCCUCCCUGCAGCUCCAUCGGGAGGGACGCCGGACAUUCUGUUCUUUAAUGCAUGCAUCUGUCCCUCUGUCCGGACUCGUCCCUCAGUUCCUGCUGCUGAAGAGCAUCUCUGCAUCAUGAUGCUGCCGCCUCUGUGCUUCACCAUAGGCCUGUGAUUCAGUCGAUGUCUCAUCAGACCAGAACUUUUUCCCCUGCUCUGAGUCCUGCAUGUGUCUUUAAGUAAGCUCCAGGUAGUAAGGAGUGGCGUCCAUCUGCCCGCUUUACCAAACAAGCCUGAUAGGUGGAUUUGAUGCAGAGAUGGUUGCCCUGUAAUCUUAGGAUGUCCAAGGAAGGUCUCGCCUUUCUCUCUUUUUUUUUUUUUUUACCGUGUCCUGUCUGGCUGUGAAGCAAGCAGAAUUGAUGUCUGAAUGCUGGUGACAAGCCUUACAGAUUUAUUCUCAGGUGGAGCAUCAAAGCGUUGCUUUUAAACUAGAAUUUGCUAAUGAGCUCUGUUGGCUAAAAUAUGCUCUUGAAUGUUUUUAUUUACAUAAAUAUUUCAAGAAAAACGUUUUUCAUUGCUGCUUCACCAAGACAUGACUCUGAAAAUGUCCUCAUGAUCCUGAAACGCUGGUUAAAACAAAUUACUUUCAACCUCUUAUAAAACAAACGUGUCUGUUGAUGAUUAUGCCCACUACAAUACUAAAGCACCUGCAUACUUGCUAACGAUUUGCUAACUUUCUGUAAUAUUUUGAUAUUUAAGUUGAAAACAUGAACUGCUGUAACACAAAUUUCAAAUGUUCUAGAUGAGCACUUGUUUCUAAUCAACUAAUCAUUAUUUCUGUGAUUAGUCAGCUUUUUUCUUUUCAAUAAACGCAUGGAAAAAUUACAGUUAUCUUACUGAAAAAAUGGUUUAGCAGUGUUGCACAUGUAUAAUAAUCUGCACUGUUUUUGACAGUUAUGGCAUUCUUCAAACUAUAAUAAUAAAAUAAAGUGAAAAGAUA